GCAGAGAGGGGUGGAGGACACCGAGUGGAGGCCAGUGGAGGGAUUGGCAGAGAGGGGUGGAGGACACCGAGUGGAGGCCAGUGGAGGGAUUGGCAGAGAGGGGUGGAGGACACCGAGUGGAGGCCAGUGGAGGGAUUGGCAGAGAGGGGUGGCAGAUAUGGAAUGGUUAGUAAGGUGGAUGAGUCUGGCAGCAGCAUUCAUGAUAGACUGAAGAGGGGAUAGCCUGCGAUGAGGUCGGCCAAUGAGGAGGGAGUUACAAUAGUCAAGGUGAGAUAUAAUAAGGGAGUGAAUGAGUUGCUUAGUGGUUUCCGAGGACAGAUUGGAGUCUAUGAUGACACCGAGGACCCUGGCUUGAGGGGUGGGACUGAUGAUAGUGUUGUUGGUC